AUGUUGUCUCGUAUAUGUUUCAUACAUUUUAAAGCAUCAUGUUAUCAGAGUUCUUGGCAAACACCGUUAUUAGGCUUUUCUCCAAAAACUCGAAGAAACUUAAAAUUGGAUGCAAUUCCAACAGAAUUUUUAAAUGUGUCAACAGUUUCUUUCGCUUAUCACACAAAUUCUGAAACACAGUCAGUAGAGACAAAUGUAGAAGCGAUUCCAAAGGAAUUAUUUAAUGAAUCUUCUGCACAUCACUCAAAUUCUGAAACACAGUCAGCCAUGGUACAAACAGAAAAAAACUCCAAAUAUAAAAAAAGAUAUAAAGCUCUUGUAAAAGAAAAUUGUCGUCUUCGGCGUCAGUUAAAAUUACAAAGUUACACAGUUGUUGCAAUAACUUGUGAUCUAGGUCCAUCAAACCGAAAAUUAUUAAAAGAACUUGGAAUUGGCAUAGAAGAACAUGAAAAAUGCUACUUUCAACAUCCAAGUAAUGAUGCUUUAAAUGUAUUUGUAUUUGCUGAUCCACCCCAUCUUAUAAAAUUAGCUCAUAAUCAUUAUAUUGAUAAAGGAUUUAACUACAACGGAGAAACUAUCAAGAAGUCAUGUCUUGAAAAAUUAUUAGUCAUUAAUAGUAAAAAUUUUAAAAUAACUCACAAGUUAAUACAGAGUCAUUUAGAUGUUUCAAAAACUGAUCGACAAAAAGUAAAAACAGCUACUCAAUUAUUUUCAAAUACCAAUGCUGCAGCUGUAGAAUGGUGUGAAGGUGCUAACACUGAAAAUCAUGACUCUACCGAAUUGUGCUUAACCAAUUGUGACAUUCUUGAUGAACUUACACCUGAAAGCAAUGCCACGUUGGAAAAUGAUAUAGAAUUCAAUGAUCUCUUUCAAGUCAUUGAAAAUGAACACAAUAUUUCUUUUUACAAACCAACAAGUGAUGAAAUAAACCUUCUCGAAGAAGUCGAACAAUUUACGGAAGCAAUAGAUGUAAUUGAAAAAGAAGGAAUGGUUUACAUCGCUGGAUACGUUGCUCAUCGAUUCAAACACAAGUAUGAUUUAGGGCAGCGUACUCAGUUCGUAACCGACCCCAAAUACAGUUGGAUCCACGCCGUUUCUAGAGGAGGAU